AUGGUGAUGGAUCUUCCAAGUCCGCAGAUUGUGGGUCGAGAGUUUGUCCGGCAGUAUUAUACAAUGCUUCACGAGGCUCCCCACUUUCUUCAUCGUUUUUACAGUAAUGAUUCUAGCUUCUUGCACGAGAGUGUAAGCACGCCUGGGGACGAACAACAGCCUGCUAUUGGACAAACUGAGAUUUUUAAGAAAAUUGAAUCCUUGAAUUUUUGUGAUUGUCAUGCAAAGAUAAGGCAAGUUGACAGCCAGCUAAGUGUUUGUGGGUCUGUUGUCAUACAGGUGAUUGGAGAGUUGUCGAACAAUAGUGCCCCACUAAGAAGGUUCAUGCAGACAUUCGUGUUGGCUCCUCAGUCUCCAAGAAAAUUUUAUGUUCAUAAUGAUAUUUUCAGGUAUCAGGAUGAAAUUUUUGCGGAGUCGGAUGUUGUCAUUGAUGGCAAUGAUGCUGUUGAUGCAGACAAAGAAACUGUUGUUGGAUCGACAACAAAUUUUUACGGCUUGCAAGAACACAAAGAAGAAACUUGCCAAUUUCGCAAAGAAGAAGAAGCUCAUGAGGUGCCGCACAAAAUGCGGUGUGACAGCAAACAAGUUGAUGCAAGCAUCUGUAGCGUUGAACCACAUUUACAUGGAAGCGACAGAACAUCAACAACAGUUUCGGAUCACGAUGAAACAAAUAAUAACGAGGAACUUUUUAAUGAGUAUCAGCAUGAUAGAAAUGAUGAUGUUGGUUGCUAUUGUGAUCAUCACACAGGUAGCCUUGAUGUGCAGACGGUUGUUCAGUCUGCCCAUGUUCAGUCAUCAUGUAUAUCACAAAAUGAGAAGUUGUGCAUUCAAGAUGACGUCCAUGAUGUUGAACAUCUUAAUACUGCUGCUGCUGCUGCUGACGGUCACUCAAACGAUUCAACCCAGGAACAACAACAUUGCGAAGCAGAUGAUGAUGGCAAUGAUUACGAAGUCACUGACGAUGUGGAAAGUGAAGUGGCAACAAGAGAAGCGGCCGAUAAUGAAGCACACAUUGACGCGCAACAUCAGCACAGCAGCAUCUAUCAAGGAGAUAACACUGGCACGUUGAACAUGCACACAUCCCUAGCGACAUCAUCGGCAUCAGUUGCAGUAGACAAGCCAUCCUGGGCAGCCAUGCUGAGGCAAACAGUCUCAACAACUUGCACCGGCAAACAAACAGUCAAUCAAACGACUGCUGUAGUUUCUAGGCAACCAAUAAAACUGCAGCAGCAACAACUGCCAUCAGCUAACAACGCAGCCUCUAUCUCUUCAUCAUCAACCACUACAUCUGUUUCAAGUGCUCAACAAACAACGUUCAAUAAAAAUAUCAAAGCAACAUCAGUCGUGCAACAAUCAACAACACAAUCGAGUAGCAAUGAUGAAGACACAUCAACUAUGCAGCAGUACCCAGACAGUCAACAAAUAUUCGUCGGCAACCUCCCCCACAACAUGACAGACAUGCAGCUUAAAGAUUUUUUUCAACAGUUUGGUAAUGUGUUGGACAUGAGAAUUAACAGGAAAAUCAACAACAACUUGCCUAAUUUUGGCUUCGUGGUGUUCAAUAAUCAAGAAACAGUUCAAUCGAUACUGAAGUGCAGACCUCUGUACAAUGGCAAGCAGCGGGUUAAUGUGGAGGAGAAGAAAUGCAAAGAAGACCUCUCAGGCAACCGCCCAAGAAGUAGCAGCAACAAACAGCAGCAGCAGCAGCAACUUAAACAUCACCAAACAAAGCUUAGUAACAGCAACAAUGUAGUGUCAUCAACAUCACCAUCCAACAACUUCAAUCAAAAUCAGAAGUGCAACUCAACUGCUGCAAACGACAACCCUAACAGAAAUUAAGUGUGCAUCCAAUAAUUUGAAUAGUGAUGUCUUGUUCUGUUGUGCAUGGAGGUUGCAUGUUAUGAAAUAAUUGGUGUGCCGAGAUGAAUGAAUGGUCAAAAUGUUGAUUACAUUGGAACAUACAAUAGGGUGGCUCAUUUUGGGUCUAACAAGAAUUUAAAAACCACGUU